AUGACUUUUGAGCAAUUUUCAGCCAUGCCCACUCUUUUGACGAGGGACGAAAACAACAGGAUUUCAAGGCGAAAGAAUCUUCCGGAGAUAGACAGUUUCAUCACUCUCAAUUACAGCAAUCUCUAUGGCCCCGUCGGACAAAAAAUCCUCAACAAUCACAUGAUGGCCGUUCUCAGAAUUCAACCUGGCAAAGUCGACGUAGACCUGGAUCCAUUUACCCUGAACACAAACAUCAAGGUCACUCCAAUUGAUUUUCGCGAUGGAAAUGUGGUGGUCACCAUCCAGGGCGAGCAGCACGGACUCUAUCUUGGAAUCAACGAGAAAACCCGCCGGAUCGACUUGAAAAAAGAAACAGACAGGACAACGGAGUGGAUGCUUGAAAUCGACCUUGAAACUAAAAAAGACCUUUACAGAAAUGUCUACACUAACAAAUACCUGACCUUUGGUCACAUAAACUACCCGCGGGUAAGUGUAAAACGCUACAACAAACGAAGAAAACCCGAGUUUCAAUUUCUACAAAUCAUGACCGAGAUAUCGCGAAACUGGAAGGCUGCGAGCCCAACUGUGAGCGAUUCCCGGGACAUGAGUGGAUACGGCCGCAGAGAGCGAGAAGGGCGACACCACCAACGCGACUACCACGAUCGAAGCCGGUCGCAGUCGAGAGAUGGCGGGCAGUAUCACCGAGGAGGACGCGGCGGUGGCAGAGGACGAGGUCGUGGCCGAGGCGGUGGCCCAAGAAACGAAAGGGAUGAAAAACGGCAAGAGACGAAGGAGAAGAUCGCCCGAAUGCAUUACCAGGGCGAGGACCAGCUGCUCAGCUACAAAGCCGAAGUAGCUCGUGCGCAUGAUCGACUCAAAAUCCAGGCGGAUAUCGUUCGCGACACUGCCAAUCACGAGGAGCGAAGAGAAAAGCAAGAAAUUCGCGAGAGAUCAAAGGAACUUGAGGACCUUCCAAUUGCGAAGAUGAAUGGCUCCCUUUCAGAAGGUCGCAAAAUUCCUCUGAAAACAAAUGCCUACCGUAUCGAAAUCAAUCCAAGCUCUCGUUUCUACGUCUACGAGCUUCUAAGCUGCACCGUCAAAGCCUCGAAGGGCCGCCCACCUGAGCUCAAGAAAAAGGAAAGAAGGACCGUCAUCGCAAAACUCGGACGAAUGCUCGGCGCACCGAUUGCUUUUGACGGCGAAAGCUGCAUGCUGCUCUACAAAGAGUUCCGUGGAAUCGGACUUUUUCGAGUUGAAGAUGUCGGCUGGGUCCAGGAAGACAAGCGAAGGAACGAAUUUGAGUUCGGACUCGCUGAUGUCCCGCGAGAAAAUGGAAAGAAAGAUCAUGUGGAGGGCAAAUUUCUCUUUCGACUUGGUAUAAGCUUAUCUACUGUCAGUGAUUAUAUCAAUGGGCUUAACGUUGAUGUCCCGCCUUCAGAUGUCAUUCAAGCAGUUGAAAUCAUUAUGCGAACUCUUCCAGCCGCAAGAGCACAGUAUCUCUCAAAAGGCCGCGCAGCCUUCUGCGACAUUGUCAACACCGACAGUGACAAGCGAAACAUCCCAGGAGGCAAAACAGUAUGGCAUGGUAUCUGCCAAAGUGCUAAGAUCAGUCACUGGAAGUCGAUUGGCAAGAAUGCUCUUACUCUGAAUUUGGACUUGGCGCACGCUCUUAUGUUUCGUCAAAGUCUGAUGACCGAUCUGUUUGAGGAAUACGAAGGGCGACAUCAUCUGCUUGAAGAGAGCUUGAAGCAUCUUGACAUCGAAGUCAUAGGAGGCGAUCGACAAUACUACAAAUUCUCCAAAUUCUCCAGAUAUCCGAUUGCGCAUACUGAGAUGUACGAUUCACGCAACGAGUGUGUCAAAAAUAUGUACGAUCACUUCCGCCGCGCCGGAUUCAAUCAUCUCAACGGCCAGUACGUCGUCGUAGAAACCACGGCAAAGCACAAAAAAGCGCCGAAAGGAAAUCAAGUCGUGAAAUUCCCCCUUGAAAAUGUCCGUCUUCUAGGCGGACAAAGACCGAAAGGUCUCAUCAGCGAAAAAACUCAAGCUGAUUUCAUCCGUGCGACAGCCGAGCCAGCUCCAGAUCGACAAGCUAAAAUCCAAGAGAUUGUUGAAAACAAGGAGCUCUUCGACCGACAAGUUUUGGAGACAUACGGACUUCGACUCUCAAAAACGGUGAUGGAAGCUGAAGGCCACGUUCUUGUCACGCCAAAGAUUUUCGCGAAUCAAGGAGAAGAAAUCGACGUCAAGCCAAACGACGAUAACAGCUGGAAUAUUUCUCAGUUCGAGCAACCCGCUGCUCCGGUCAAUCGCAACUGGAUGCGCGUCGUCAUUGGCGAAAAUCAAAAUGAGUUUGGACGCUACUGGAACGAGGCUGGACAACAUCUCUGCAAAAUCGGAACUGAGCUAGGAGUACCGAUGGGCGCGCCGCUUUUUUCAGAAUGGUUUGAAACUGGGCUUGAUUUUGACGGCUGGUGCGCCAGAAUGAAAAAGGCGGAUCCUAAAGCCUGGGCCAACUUGGCAUUCAUUUUGGUCUGCUGUGGACGCAACAAGGAUGACUACAGUCUUGUCAAAGUCGCGGCGGAGCUCAAUCACUCGGUGAUGACGCAAUGCAUUCUCCCCAUAACUGUCAUGGAGAACAAUCGAAUAUCACUCAGGAAUAUUUGGUACAAGAUCAACAAGAAGUUGGGCGGUCACAAUUGGAAAAUCCAAAUCCCUCUUCCCGAAAGCCCUGUGCCAUUAAUGGUCAUGGGCUACGGAUUGAGCCAUGCGGAGAAAGAUUCAGCCGACCCCACGAUCGCUGGUUUUGUGGCAAGCACGGCACAAGGAGCUCUUGGCUACAAAAACUACGUCGAUGUCCAGCACCCAGGUCUCAACAUCGUUGCAAAGCGAGUGCUCAAGGAUGCGAUGGCCGCUCUCCUCUCAAAAUACAGAGAUGGGAAUAGUAAUGCGCUACCAGAGCGUAUCAUUAUUUACAGAGGAGGCGGCUCUGAAGGAGCAUUCCAAGCGAUUCUGAAGAACGAGCUCAUGGGAAUCCGCGAGGCGUUGGCCGAAUUGAAAGCGGACUACCAGCCGGGAAUCACAUUCAUCUGCGCGAUCCGCUCAAGCCACCAGAAAUUCUUUGCUGCUGACAAAAAGGACGAGACUGGAAUGGGAAAAAAUGUGCCAAUUGGGACUUGCGUCAGUGGCUUUGGAAAUGGAACGCCAGACUCAUACAGUUUCCAUCUUAUGUCGCACUCUGCUAUCGGCUGCGCCAACCCGACCUUCUACAGCGUCCUCCACGACGACAAUGGCAUCGAGCUCCAAAACAUGGUGAACAUGACUUACGCGCUGAGCAUGGCUACUCAAAGAUGCAACAAAUCCACCUCCCACACCACGCCUGUCUUCCUCGCCAAUCUUCUGACCGAGCGAGCCCGAAAUCACUGGAAAGGAACUGCCCUCGGACAUGAGCUCAGAGCCAACGGAUUUAGAAGAAUCGACGGCGAUCACAAACUACGAGUUCAAGUCCUGGAGCGCUUCCAGAAUGAAGUGUUCUUCAUUUAA